CCGAUAUUGAACUGUGCACGGGGACAGGCACAUAGACUCGCUCGCACUCGACAUGGCUGCUCAUGGGAUUCCCCGCUACACUCGCCUCGGCGAGAAGACCGAGGAAGUUCGUCAACAAGAGCUUCAUAAAAUUGAGAAGUACCGCGAACUUGAUCAGUCGGUCCGUGACAAGGUCGCGGCGCAACAGUACACGCCAGAGACUUUGCAAAAAAUCACCGAGUUACUGACCAGCAACCCGGAAUACUACACCGUGUGGAAUUAUCGACGUCAAGUAUUGCGCAGUGAGUUUUCACGAGCGGCCUCUGCCGGCUCAGAGGAGGCUACUGGUGGCCAGAUUGCAACUCUUAUCAAGGAUGAUUUAAUGUUCUUGAUCCCCCUUCUACGUAGCUUUCCCAAAUGCUACUGGAUAUGGAACUACCGCACCUGGCUCUUAGAUGAAGCCAAGCGUCUUCUCCCAGUCCCUACCGCGCGAAAAUUCUGGCAGGAAGAAUUGGCGCUGGUAGGCAAGAUGCUUAGUUUGGACAGCAGGAAUUUCCACGGCUGGGGCUACAGGCUGUUUGUCGUGGAGACGCUGCGGGAGCUCAGGUCGGAGGAACUGGAGGAGAAGGACAUGACCCGAACGGAGUUCGAAUAUGCGAAGAAGAUGAUCGGCGCCAAUCUCUCCAAUUUCUCGGCCUGGCACUACCGUACGAAGCUCAUCCAGCGGCUGCUGAGGGAGAACUCGGCCAGUGACGAGGAACGGCGGAAAAUGCUCGAUGACGAACUGGACUUGAUCCAUCGUGCGUUGUGCGACCCGUAUGACCAGUCAUUGUGGUUCUAUCACCAAAAUCUGAUGUGCACCUUUGAUCCAUCGGUGGCGGGCCAGACGCUGGCGCCGAAUCUGAGUGACUCGGAACGACUGGAUUAUCUCCGGCGAGAAAUCGAGGAGAUCCAGGAGAUGCUGGACGGGGCGGAGGACUGCAAAUACAUCUACCAGGCGCUCAUAGAUUGUACGAUGCUGAGCUGGAAGGUGGAGGGAAGAGAGCCCAGUGGGGAACCGAAGACGCAGGUCUUGGGCUGGCUCUCGGAACUGAAGAAGCUGGACCCGCUGCGACAUCAACGGUGGCUGGAUUUCGAACAGUCACUGUGCCGCUGAGCCGAUCAUCCCUUGCCUGUCGAUAUGUAAGUCGGUAGACCUGGUAGGUACGGGGUAGUAAUGCAAAGACGCCAUCUGCGGGGAAUUUUUUUUUUGCUUUGUUUCAAGAAAUGCGGUGGUCAUGAUUUCUUCCCUUGCUUUUUCCGGGCCAUGCUACGGCUGCCGGAUGGACAUGGCAGGAUGAUGGCUCCAAGCGCAGUGGGACCAACCACCGGGAUGAAUACCGUUGGUGAGUUUCAGAAUAACAAGUUGGCCCCAGGACUGUUUACCUCCGCGACUCGUUACCCACGGGUUCGGGGAGAACGUAGAUAGUCUAGUGGUUUCGAUUAUGAACAAAAAAAAAAU